UGUGUAUCACAUGACUAUGUUUCCGUCACAUGACAUUCAGUCAGCUGUCCGCUGCACAGAGGGUCAUACAUAGCGGUCUGUCGUGUCGGAUUUAGAAGAACUAAUAAUUAUCGGGAUUCCUCGGAGAGAAAAUAUGGAUAUUCGAGGUGCAGUUGAUGCUGCUGUCCCAACAAAUAUUAUUGCAGCAAAAGCUGCAGAAGUGCGGGCGAAUAAAGUGAACUGGCAGUCCUAUCUACAAGGUCAGAUGAUUUCUGGAGAAGAUUGUGAAUUUAUUCAGCGGUUUGAGAAAUCUCGUCCAGAAGAGAAGCAGGCAAUACUCACUAAUGAAGGAAAUCAGUGUGCUAAAACGUUUAUAAACCUGAUGACCCACAUUUCCAAGGAGCAAACUGUGCAAUAUAUUUUAACCAUGGUGGAUGACAUGCUUCAGGAAAACCAUCAGCGGGUCAGUAUUUUCUUUGAUUAUGCUCGGCGUGGGAAGGAUACAGCAUGGUCCUACUUUCUACCAAUGUUAAAUCGUCAGGAUCUUUUUACAGUCCACAUGGCUGCACGAAUAAUUGCUAAAUUGGCUGCCUGGGGGAGAGAAUUGAUGGAAGGCAGCGAUUUGAAUUACUACUUCAACUGGAUUAAAACACAGAUGAGCUCACAGAAGUUAAGAGGAAAUGUCACUGCUGCGGAAACAGGAACUGUCUCUCCAAGUGAUAGUUCUCAAUAUGUGCAGUGUGUUGCUGGGUGUCUUCAGUUGAUGCUGAGGGUUAAUGAAUAUCGUUUUGCGUGGGUGGAAUCAGAUGGUGUCAACUGCAUUAUGGGGGUGCUGAAUAAUAAAUGUGGGUUUCAGCUUCAGUACCAGAUGAUUUUCUCACUCUGGCUGCUAGCGUUUAGCCCACAAAUGUGUGAAUAUCUCCGUAGAUACAACAUUGUGCCAGCAUUGUCAGACAUCCUCCAGGAAUCUGUAAAAGAGAAAGUGACCAGGAUAAUUCUAGCGACAUUCAAAAACCUAUUAGAGAAAUCAAGUGAAAGAGAAACUCACCAGGAAUAUGCUCUUGCUAUGAUCCAGUGCAAAGUGCUCAAACAACUUGAGAAUUUGGAACAGCAGAAAUAUGAUGAUGAGGACAUUGUGGAAGAUAUCAAAUUUUUAUUGGAAAAAUUGGGAGAAAGUGUUCAAGAUUUGAGCUCAUUUGAUGAGUACAGCUCUGAACUGAAAUCAGGAAGACUGGAAUGGAGCCCAGUGCAUAAAUCUGAGAAAUUCUGGAGAGAAAAUGCUGCACGAUUAAAUGAGAAAAACUAUGAACUCCUUAAAAUCCUGACAAAGCUUCUAGAAGUCUCAGAUGACCCACAGGUACUUGCAGUGGCUGCUCAUGACAUAGGAGAAUAUGUCCGUCAUUACCCAAGAGGAAAAAGGGUGAUUGAGCAGUUGGAUGGAAAACAGCUGGUAAUGAACCACAUGCAUCAUGAAGAUCAACAAGUCCGCUACAACGCUUUGCUGGCUGUGCAGAAAUUGAUGGUACAUAACUGGGAGUACCUUGGAAAGCAGCUUCAGUCUGAACAGCCACCAGCAGUUACUGCAAGAAGUUAAAUUCAUUUCUUCGCUAUAACCAGAAGUAUCAGUUUAUACAUCUUGUUGAGUUUAACAUUUUAAUUGUAUUUUUGUGAACGUUUGUCCUUGCUUGUUCAAGAUGUGUACAUUUUUUUCCUUAAAAUCCUUAUUCACGUGAAGUCUACAAUUUGCAAUAUUGUUGUAUUGUUCACCCAGGAAUGGUUGAAAGGUAAUUACUUUACUAGCUAUAAUGUACUGCACCUAGGAGUGUCCUGCUGUAAUUUAUUGUUUGAGAACAUUAUUAAAGUUAUACACAUUCCAUAGUAAA